AUGGCAGAUUCGUUGAGUGAUGACCAGGCAGCCGAGCCUCUCUUGGCCUUUGAUCCACCUAUGGAAGACCAGGUCAUCGGUGAAGACAACACUUUCCGAACUCAGAAUGCUUCUUUGAGCGAUUGGGAAAGACGCAGCAUCAUCGAGCGAACCAGUGGGAGCAUCCAUACUCGCGUUGAGCUGCUUUCAGUCAGUCACGGAUCAUACAAUGAAGGAGGAGAUGAAGCAACACUCCUGGUCUUCCGUUUCCGAUUUGACCCUCAAAAGAACUCUCGCAGAGUCCUUUGGGCCAAAGUAGAAAUUGAGUUCUUUGCCGAGGAUGACUUGGAUCUCAUAGUGGAAGCCAUCGCACCCGAGGAGCGCUGGGCAGUGGUGCCGACAAGUGAUACAGAGACGACAACACGCAGCGGUCAGCUAAACUUGGGUGCGUCAGGUGUGCCAUUGCUUCAGGCUGGCGUUUCAGCAGGCUUGGAGAAGACGUACAGCAGGGAUGUCAAAGAUGCGACUACUAUCACCGGCAGCAAGAACCUCGGUACUGGAAAGAACUCGGGCGAUUCUACAGUGGCUGUAUGGAAUUUUCAAGAGAAUGUGCGGCAUAAGACCGGUGUUCCGGAUUCGGUAACGACUGCGAUCUUACUGCGACGCUCGUCUGAUGAGCGUUUUACUGCGGCAGUGACACUGGAGGCUGACGUCGACUGGGUUACUGGCUUGGAACGCAAGUUUGCCAAGAUACCAUUGGACGAUCCCAUUCUUUUCAACCCCAAAGAGACAGCGGCGCUUAGCAAGAAGGGAAGGUCUUGCGGAGUGAAAGACUUGGCGGAUGUUGAUCUUUAUCAAUUAUGCAAGGUGAGAAUGGCUGUCGAGGCUCCAUUCGCUGUAAGUUGA